AUGAAUCAGUCCCCAAUUUUGGAGAUGAAUCAAUUCAGUCUUGGUCGGAAAGGAUGGACGAUUCUUGCCGUAUGCUCCGUUUUGACUCUGAUGGUUGCCCUGGAUGGGACAUCUCUUUCGGUCGCAUUACCUAUCAUAACCAAAGACCUCAAUGGAACGGCCAUGGAGGCAUUCUGGAGCGGGACUUCCUUUCUCAUCUGCUCGACAGUCUUCCAACCCACCUUCGGCUCGCUCUCCAAUAUCUUCGGCCGUAAAGCCAUGAUUCUCAUCGCCAAUUUUCUCUUUCUCAUCGGCGCAAUCCUGGCAGCCGUGUCUCAGAAUUUCACCCAUAUGCUCGUCGGACGGUCGAUCCAAGGCAUUGGCGGAGGAGGGGUGACUGCCAUGAGUGAGGUUAUUGUGGCUGGAUUGGUUCCUCUACGACUACGCGGACAGUACUUUUCGGUCAUCAAUGCCAUGUGGAGCUUGGGAUCGGUCACUGGUCCGAUUCUCGGUGGUGGAUUUGCUGAUGAUGUGACUUGGCGCUGGAUCUUCUAUAUCAACAUCCCUUUUAUCGCAGUCGGUGUCAUUGGGCUGCUGAUUCUUAUGCCAUGGGACUGCACACUCGGGACAUGGAAACAGAAGCUGGCCCAGAUCGACUUUAUCGGAACGGCCAUUUUCACUGGGGGCAUAUCAUCGUUUUUGAUUCCUCUCACGUGGGGCGGAGUGAUGUAUCCGUGGUCAUCGUGGCACACUCUUGUCCCUCUGAUCGUCGGAGUAGCUACGUUGGUUGUCUUUGGAUUCUACGAAACAUACUAUGCGACAAACCCGAUGAUUCCUCCCGCUGUAUUCGAAAACAGAACCUUGAAGCUAUGCUCGCUCGGCAACGCCGUCGAAGGCCUGAUCCUGUGGUGUGGUCUCUACUACCUGCCCCUCUACUACGAAGGCGUCAAAGGGUACUCCUCAAUCCUCGCCGGUGUUGCUCUCUUUCCCGAAACAUUCACCGUCGCCCCCAGCACUAUUCUCAUUGGCAUUCUGAUUUCCAAAACAGGAAAAUAUCGAUGGGGGAUCUGGUCAGGCUGGGCAAUCACCACCCUUGGCUUUGGCCUAAUGUGUCUCAUUCAGGUAGACACCAGCAUCCCCGCCUGGGUGUUCAUCAACAUCGUCGUCGGUCUUGGACUGGGCUUCCUCUUUCUCCCCCUCGCAUUGGGGAUGCUGGCGGCCUCGAAACCCGAGCAUAUGGCGAUUAUCUGCACCAUGACGAGCUUCUCCCGAUGUCUGGGCCAAGGGAUAGGCGUUGCGAUUGGAGGCGUGGUUUUCCAAAAUCGAAUGAGCGUGAAUAUCACUCGCUACCCGGCUUUGGAACAUUUCGCGGGCUACAGUCAGGAUGCGGUGGCGGUCGUGGAAAUACUCAAAAGGAUGCCUCAAUCGCAGACAAAGACGAUGUUGCAGCAGGUUUAUACAGACAGUCUGCGCAUUGUCUGGGCCGUUGGGUGUGGACUUGCGGGUGUCAUGUUGGUGUUGAGUGCGUUUACUCGAAGCUAUCCUUUGGACACAGACAAGCCGCCGUCUGUUGCCGGUCAAUCGGAGACGGAGAUGGGACUGAGAGAAGGUGACAAGGAGAGAUGGCGGAGCAACUGACACUUUCAAAGCUGCCCUCAUUAAUCUGUCCAAAACCACUCGAAAUAAACACAACUAAUCCAGCUGUAGAAGCAGCUGCAACGCCGUAUAUCUCAUGUGUGGCGUUCGUAAGUCAUCCGCAUCUUGGUGCAUUUUUGUAUCGCGAAAUGUAGAACAUCGCGCGGUCCUCCUCUGUAUAGCCAAGUCAUUGCGAAUGAAAGUUAUUAAUAUAAGAUGAAAAGAAUAUAAACACAACACCAAGAUAAAAAUACUAAAAAGGAAAAAAACAUACAACAGCAGGGAUUCGCUGGUGGUCACCCACCCAACUACUAACCUGCCGGCGUGUGGCUUAAGUACGGCUGAGCGGACGGGAAGCCCUGUUCUCCACACCCUGUGGUCGUAUGUACUGGAACAUACUUGCUAAUGGAAUAUAUAGAAAGAACAAAAAAGA